AUGGGUCCCUACAGGGAAGGGGCCCCCCCCCGUGCCCCCCCCGGGACGCUGGAGUCGCUGCAGGGCUGUGUGCGGGCGCUGCAGCCGCAGCCGUGGGAACCGCCGUCGCCGCUGGCCGAGGCCCCCCCCGAUCUGGAGGAACCCCCCGGCUGCUACCACAGCCCCCCGACUCCACGGUGCCACCACCGAGGCCACCACCGAGGGGACAUCGGCCACCGCGGGGGGGACAUCGCCCGCAUCGGGCGCCUCCAGCAGGCCCAGCUUUGGGGGUACCCCUCGGCCCCCCCGCCCCCCGCCCGGGCCAGGACGCUGCCCCCCCUCCAGCAGGUCUGGAGCCUGCUGCACCCCGAGUUUUGGGGCCCCCCCGCCGCCCCCUCCUCGGCCCCCGGCCCCCCCCGGCCCUGGUCCCGGCCCCCUCGGAAGUGCCCUUAG